CUGCUGCAGGUGGUGGUGGUGGUGGUGGUGGUGGUGGUGUGUGUGUGUGUCUGUCUGUCCGAGUGUGCACACUUUGAGCUCUCUGCAUUAUCUCUGUCACCCAGUGUCACCCGGCUUGUUGCUCUCUGCUCCUACUUUCUCCCCUGGCCACAGGGGCUGAAGCAGAGGACCAAGCUUCUGAGAGAAGAGUCCGCACUGAAGGGAAGCUUUCCCUGAGGCCCAGAGUUGAGCAUGGGAGGAGCAUUUCAGGCCGGAAGAGUCUCCAGGGUUGCUUAAGAGAGCAGGCAGCUACUUGUUGAGCCCCAGGACUUUCCCAGAGCCCUAUCCUAGCCACGAGAGGAAGCCUGAAGAAGAAUGGCCAGCUCCAGUUCUCAACACAUGGUCUGUGGGUCAGUGACAUUUAGGGAUGUGGCUGUUGACUUCUCUCAGGAGGAGUGGGCCUGCCUGGAUGCUACUCAGAAGGUCUUAUACAGGGACAUGAUGUUGGAGACCUACAGCAACCUGGUCGCAGUGGUGGGACGUUGCAUUUCCAAGCCAGAUCUGAUCGUCUUACUAGAGCAGGAGAAAGAGCCCUGGAUGGCUGUGAAGGAAGAAACAGACAGGCCGAGCCCAGAUUUGGAGUUAUGUUAUGAAGCUGAAAAUAUGUCUCCAGAAAAUCAAACCUAUGAUAUAAAUUUAUUCAAACAGAGAAUAAAGCAAUUCAGUAAAACUUUUGAUCUCAAGAUUUGCAGUUUUACUAGUGGCCCCAACUAUAAUACAUCCAAGGGACUACAGAGUUCUCAAGAAGGCGAUGAUAAUCAAAAGAUUACUAACAAGGAAGAAAUACCCACUCACACCUGCCAGACUCUUGCUCACAAUACAGAAAAGGCAUAUGAGUGUAAAGAGUGUGGGAAGUGCUUUGGUUGUAGGUCAACUCUUACUCAGCAUCAGAGUGUUCAUGCUGGAGAGAAACCCUAUGAAUGUGAGGAGUGUGGGAAGGCCUUCAGACUCCCCCAACAGCUCACAAGACAUCAGAAGUCUCACAGUGGUGAGAGACCUUUUGAAUGUAAUGAAUGCGGAAAGGCUUUUCAUCUUCCCGACCUGCUUAAAUAUCAUAAAGUCAUUCAUACAGAUGAAAAACCUUUUGAAUGUGAAGUAUGUGGGAAGUCUUUCAAGCGCGUCUCCCACCUUGUUGAACACAGGACUAUUCACGCUGGUGUGAAACCAUAUGAGUGUAGUGAGUGUGCGAAAGCCUUUAAACGUCGUUCAUACCUAAUGCAACAUCAGAAAAUCCAUUCUGGUGAGAGACCCUUUCAGUGUAAGGACUGUGGGAAGAGCUUCAUCGUUCUGGCUCAGCUCACACGGCACCAGAACAUUCACACUGAAGACAAAUCAUUUGAAUGUAAGCAUUGUGGGAAGAUAUUCAGCUGUGGCUCAUUCCUCUUGCGGCACCAGAGUAUUCAUACCAAUGAGAAGCCCUUUGAAUGCAAUGUAUGUGGGAAGGCUUUUAGGCUUCAGGUAUACCUUUCCGAGCAUCGGAAAACUCACACUGAUGAGAGACCUUUUGAGUGUAAGCUGUGUGGGUCAGCCUUUAGACGUAAGGACCAGCUUAGUGAACAUCAGAAAAUCCAUACCAACGUGAAACCCUAUCAGUGCAAGGAAUGUGGGAACUUAUUUCGCAGAAAAUCAAGUUUUAUUGAGCAUCAGAGUAUUCACAGUGAAAAGAAGCCCUUCAACUGUAAGGACUGUGGGAAAGUCUUUAGACUUAAUACACAUCUCAUGAGACAUCAGAAAUCUCACAGUGGUGAGAGACCUUUUGAGUGCAAAGAAUGUGGAAAGGCUUUUCAUCUUCCCAGUCAGCUUACUUACCAUAAAACUGUCCAUACAAAUCAAAAACCAUUUGCUUGUGAAGAAUGUGGGAAGUCCUUCAAGCAUGUCUCCAGCCUUAUUGAACAUAGGGUUAUCCAUGCCGGUUUGAAACCAUAUGAAUGUGGUGAGUGUGGGAAAGCUUUUAAUCAUCGCUCAAACCUCAAGCAACAUCAGAAAAUUCAUUCUGAUGAGAGACCCUUUGAGUGUAAGGACUGUGGGAAGGGCUUCACUGUUCUGGCUCAGCUUACUCGGCACCAGAGCAUUCACACUGGAGAAAAAUCAUUUGAAUGUGAGCAGUGUGGGUCCAGUUUCCGACUUAAGUCCCAACUCAAUCAACAUCAGAGAAUCCAUACUGAUGUGAAACCCUAUCAGUGCAAGGAAUGUGGAAAGGGCUUUGUUCGUGGUACAGCCCUCAGGAUUCAUCAGAGAAUCCACACUGGUGAGAAACCAUUUCAAUGUAACAAAUGUGGGGAAGCCUUUCAAUACCACUACCAGUUUCUUGCUCAUUUUAGAACUCACACUGGCAAGAAGCCUUCUGAAUGUGAAGAAUUGUGGCGGAGACCUUAAAGUACAUCAAAGAAUUCAUGCUGGUGAGAAACCUUACAAAGAUUUGUGAGAUUUGUGAAGGCUAUUAGUCAAGCUUGGUUUGACAUACUAAAAUUCAUAUUAGUAAGAAGUCUUAUGAUGUAAGAUGUGGAAAGGCCUUUAGCAAUAUUGCUAAGCCAGCUGCAUAUUGGGGAAUUCAUACUGGUGAGAAAUUGUGAAUGUAAGAAAUGUAAGAAAAUGUUUAGAUUUAGUUCAGCCUUCAGUGCACAUUGGAGAAUUCUGAGGUGGAAAUUUCUGGGUUUUGGGGGGGACUCGAUUGUGUCAUGUGAUAUCGUUUUGAAAACUGUCUUAUGAGAGGAUGUUAUGCAGAGAACAGACACAUGGUGUUUUUCUGGAAGCUUCCUGGUAAAAGGGCAUGUAAUGUUUGGCUGGAGAGGAAAUGUGAUGUUUGGAAAAGUAUAACUCAACAGAGAGUGAAUGACACUCUGGCUUUGGUUUGCCUUGCCACUCUUUGCUGGUCUUUGUUGGACUUUGCUGACACUGGACUUCACUGAUGAUGCUGUGACAUUGGUUCUUGCCUUCUUUGAUGAUCAUUGCUUAUUGUGACUUUGUAGAGAGAAAUGCACCAAAGAACUUGUAUUCUAAUGGCUUCUUGCUGCUUCUGAGGACUGGGGCUAAUUAGCAGAGCCUUUUGGUUCCUGCUGGAUGGGCCUGCCAUCCAAGUGGAUUGAGCUGCUGCUGCUGAUUCAUAUGAACUGAGCUGCUGAUAUCCUGACAGUGAAAAUUGUAAUUGCCCAAAGAACUAUUUCUAAACAGGUCCACAUCUGGCUUUGCCCUAUUUACCUUUUCCUUUUUACUACCUCUGGUGGCUGGUGAACUAGAAGGGAGGUUAAAGUGUGUAAAAACCCUUAUUAAAAUAGAUUUUGAAAAUUCUAAGGUGGGGCUGGCGAGAUGGCUCAGUGGGUAAGAGCACUGACUGCUCUUCCGAAGGUCCUGAGUUCAAAUCCCAGCAACCACAUGGUGGCUCAACAACCACCCAAGUAAUGAGAUCUAACGCCUUCGUCUGGUGUGUCAGAAGACAGCCACAGUGUACUUAUGUAUAAUAACAAAUAAAUCUUUGGGCUGGAGCGAGCAGGGA